UCACAAGGAGUGAAAUAAACGUCUGAAAUUCAAUGCAUUUUGGAAGCAUAGCAUGUUUUUGUUCAUUGUGAAAACUGGUACUGCAAAUAUGCUGGAAUCUGAGUGAAUUGUUAAUUUACAUUGUUAAUUUAUUUUGUCUUUCUGCUAUGUAUAGGAGAAAUGGGGGACAAAGGACAGAAAGGCAGCAUGGGACGGCAUGGAAAAAUUGGUCCUAUUGGUUCAAAAGGUGAAAAAGGAGAUAAUGGUGACAUAGGACCACCAGGUCCUAAUGGUGACCCAGGCAUUCCCUGUGAGUGUAGCCAGCUAAGGAAGGCUAUUGGUGAAAUGGAUAUCCAAGUGGCCCAGCUGACGACGGAAUUAAAAUUCAUAAAAAAUGCACUGCCCUCCCCCGCAGCUGUUGCUGGUGUGCGUGAGACAGAUAAUAAGAUAUAUCUGCUGGUGAAGGAAGAGAAAAGAUACAAGGAAGCCCAGCUCUACUGCCACGGAAGAGGAGGGACACUGAGCAUGCCCAAGGAUGAGAAUGCCAACAAUCUGAUUGCCUCAUACAUCAACCAAGCUGGGCUCACCAGAGUUUUCAUUGGGAUUAACGACCUAGAGAAAGAGGGAAAUUUUGUCUAUUCUGAUCGAUCGCCCAUGCAGACCUUCAACAAGUGGCGCAGUGGGGAGCCCAACAAUGCUUAUGACGAGGAGGACUGUGUGGAGAUGGUGGCGUCUGGAGGGUGGAAUGAUGUUGCAUGUCACAUUACCAUGUAUUUUGUGUGCGAAUUUGACAAAGAAAAUGUGUAAUCUUGUCUGGUCUUUCUUUAUUUUAAGAAAUGUUUUCAAGCAGGUUGUACAAGUUAGCCCAGGUUUAUAGAGUACAAGUGAUAUUUUACAUGUAUGUGACAUCGGUGUUGUACAGCUGUAAAUACAAUUUAGGUAUUUCAAAUAUCUGUAUUUACCCUUCAGAAGGGAAGAGCACUGAUAAGUAAGACACAGCUUUUUUUUUUUUUUUUUUUUUUUUUUUUUUUUUUGUAGGAAAAUAUAACUAUUUAGAUUAAAAAAGAAAAAGUGGUUUGGGACUAAAUUCUGACCUCACAACAGUUAUCAAAUGUGAUGGCAUGACUGUAGGGGAAUGCAGAAUUUGGCCUCUAGUUUUUAGACUGAUCAUUUCUGAAAAAGUAGAUUCUUGAUAUUCUUUUAUCUUAGCAAAUUUUGUAGUUAUAAAUGUUAAUUACUUGUAGGUCUACAGGGAUAUUUCAGCAAGAAGGCAAAUAUUUUGUAUACUCCAGUCAAUUAAUAGAAAUAUUACUGUAUUUUUUUUGGAUGUGAAGGUGUUACUUUUUUUUUUUUUUUUUUUUUUUUUAAUAGCUAAAGCAAGUGAACAAAGCAGGAGUCCUACCAAUUUUGUAAAGUUUCUUUAUUAAAAUAUUCACAGAUGAGGAGGUCCUUCUGUAAACUCAGUUUUAGUGCUAGGAGGGGACUAGCUUCUUGUAAUUCAGUACUGAAAGAGGGAUCAUGCCAAAUGGGUGCUUUGGGGUUAGUUAAAGGUCAAAGUAUGAUUUUGAUUUUCUGCAUUCUUUGGUUGAGAAUGACUCAGUGAAUGAGCUAUUUAAAGCUCAAAAUAAUUUCUUAAAGUAACUGUGUUUCAAUUUUUAUAGGAUGAUCUUGGUGCAUCAUGUUACAAAACAAAAACCAAACCAAAACAAAAAACUCUCCACAAUUUAAAAUUGACUUCAUAAGUAGACAACAAAUUUCACAGGAGUGGUUUAGCUUGUAGUUCCUUUUGGCAGGAAAGCAGCCUUUGUUUAUUCAAAUUGCAGGGGUGACCCUCUGAAAAGCAGGAAAAGUUACCAAAAUAUUCCUGUUUAUGUAUAUAGCAAUAAUGCCAUUUUGUACAAAUAAUUUAUGUACCCAAUUUACAAUUGCAUCUGAUGGAAAAGCUGAUGUACAUUAAAAAACAGCAACAACAUAAUUUCAUAAAAUAAACGAUGAAUUACUUUGGGUCUUCCAAGGAGGCAUGCCAUCUUAUCUUGCUGUUAGGCAUAGAAAGGUAACCACAAAAUCUCUGUGUUUUUUCAGAAUACCCUGGUUUAAGAUCAACUUUAAGGAGAAAUGAACCUUUGUAUAACACAGUAAUCAAUAUAAAUAUCUGAUUGUUAUGGGAGAUUUGCAACAUAUGCAGAAUGGAUCUAACCUGGUUCAAGAGAUUGCCCCACAGUAAGGCAAGACAAACUCAAAUCAACUCUACAGUGCCAUGGUACCUAAGCAACCAAUGAUCACACAGUUCUGUUCAUAUCCACAGUCCAACAACAUUUGAUGUGACGCUAUUAUUAUAUACAUAAGAAAACAAACCAUUUGGUUUUAUAUAUUUACUCUGUGAAUUUGAAUCUAUUAUAUGUAUAUAUAUAUAUAUAUGUUUGCUAUUAAUUUUGAAGAUUAGUAGUAAAUUCCUAUAGUAUUUGAAUAUCAGUCCAUCUCCAGAGCAGCCACACUAAGAAAUGAAAUCUUUCAUUGCUUUAUCUUCUUUCUUCUGAAUGUAGGUAUGAUUCUUGUAUGUCAGAUUUUCUUCAAACUGUAUAUUGAAAUCUAUUAAAUAAUGUGAAUAUGGCUCUACACUAAUAUUCAAAGACUCUACAGAAUUUGCAGGGAACUAACAAUUCUAGCAGAGCAAUUUGUUUGAUUAGAAUAGUGCCUUAUGAAUAUCAUGGUUGUUUCCUGCCUGCUAUAGAAAUCCUCAGAAGCCCUUCAAAUCUCCAACACACUUCUGUCAAAUCAUUGAAGCUAUAUUAAAAGUAGUCUAAACUUGAGUUACAGAUAUCUGGAGUUCCCUCAUUAUGUAUGUGCUGAAGUUGCUAACUGUUUGUUUUUCACCCAGGUUUUCAAAGUCUCUGCUGUAAUGUUCAGUUUCCUCAGAAACAUGAAAAGAGGCCUUUUGAGGAGGUGGGAAGCUUUUUCAGAUGCCAAAUGCUCCUAUUUUAGCUGGAAGCCACACCACAUUUAUAAUGAUUGCCUUGAUGUGUAGAGCAUUUAAGCAGUCUGAGUUUCUAUUAAAAUGUGAGAUGAAAAAUAAAGGCAAUGUAAAAAACA